GAGGCUUCCGCUUCCGGUUCUGACGGACGCUUCGGCCGUAACGAUGAUCGGGGACAUCCUGCUGUUCGGGACGCUGCUGAUGAACGCCGGGGCGGUGCUCAACUUUAAGCUGAAAAAGAAGGACACGCAGGGCUUUGGGGAGGAGUCGAGGGAGCCCAGCACAGGUGACAACAUCCGGGAGUUCCUACUGAGCCUUAGAUACUUCCGCAUCUUCAUCGCGCUGUGGAAUGUCUUCAUGAUGUUCUGCAUGAUCGUGCUGUUUGGCUCCUGAGCCCCAGAUAUACGCCUUCCCGGGAACCAGGAACCAGGAACCAGGAACCACCUUCCCAGAUGCCGGGUCUCCCUUCCUCCGUUCCUGAUGACUUCAAGAAUGGUUUUGACUGGAAAACCAGCGAUCUUCCCAGAAAGCCCAAGUUCGUGGUGGGUGGAAAAAAAUGUUCGCCAAGCUGCACACGGUUUCCCAGCCACGUCAUUGUUUUCUUUUCAAAGAUCUUUUCACUUUGGUCUCUCCUCUGAAAUGCUGACUACUUAAGGAGUUUGAGGAGGGCUUAUGGAAGGGGAAUGUGAUAACAUUGCAUUCCCUACGGAUAAAAGAACAUGUCUAGAUUGUUUUUUUAGAUUGGAAUUCCUCUUCCAAGCUUCCGCUAGAAACCCACUUCUGGAUAUUUCUCCGCUUAUUUUUAACAACCAUCCUUUUUGGUUCCAAUUACCCAAGUUUUGAAAAAAUCAUUUUUAUCCAGGGAUCUGAAACAGAAAGGUUGGCUUUUGAGUUUGAUGGAACCUCUUUACUGGACUGUAUUUACGAAUAACAAGCAAGUUCAUUGUUGCUGGGCCUGUGUCCAAAUUCCUUUCCUGUCUCGAUGGGCUCUGCUUGGCCACUCAGUGCAGCUAAGGUCAUCCCCAGGACUUUAAGGGUGAAGUAUUACCGAUUCCCAUGGAAGAGAGGUACAGAGCAGGCAGAUGUGGGUGUUAGGAGAAACUUCGCCUUGCCUUGAAGUCCUCUGUUAAAGUCACUUUUGGGGCCAUUAAUUGUAUCAUUUUCGGAACGAGGGUGCCGUCCAUGGGGGGUAUCAGGACCCAGUUCUCAAAGUUUGGAAUUCCGGGUCUGAUUUUCAAGUGAGUGAUUUCAAGGUUGAAAAACAAGGAGCCUCACUCGAGGAAAUCUAGCAUUUUGCACAGAAUCUUCAUUGAAAGGGAGGCCUUUUAUUGCCAAGACGAAAUGCCGGUGGUCAGCACCCAGAUCCUGCCGGUGUUUGAUUUGUUCGUUGUGGUUUUUGAAAUCCUGAUUUGUAGGUAAACCUGACGGGAGGAAGAAGUAACCAAGUAAACCUGUAGACUUGCAGAACUGAGUCGCAUUGAAAAUAAAGCUCAUUUC